AGCAACUGUCCCAGUGAAUGACCAGUUGAACAAAUCCUAUUAAUGGCACCGUUAUUGAAUGUGAGGGACUCUGUGGAGAACACACAGCCUGCAGAAUACUCCUCAAGUCAAACUGCACACUACUACUUCAGAUCACGACACAUCACAAUCAGAAUCGUGUUUAUUGCCAGGUGUAAGAGUAUUCCAGGUAUGGACACGCAGAGGGUCAUUCUGCGCAUGCGCGCUGGCACGUCUCCUCCCUCUACCUGAGAGGAGGAGAGCACCUGGAUCCAACGAGACGGAAGUUUUGUGUGAAGCCAGAAGAACACAGCAAAUCUUUUUUUUUUGUCUCCGCGAAAAAGUUUGGAGUUCAAGCGACAGAUUAAAGGAUCUUCCAAGUCGACGCAGGAUGUCAUUGGUUGAACUUUUGAAGAAGAAUUUAAAGGGCUUUUUCUAAACCCAAGUCUGUAAUUCAGCGACUUCAUGCUGCAUGUCAGUCCACAACCAGCCUGCUUUCCAUUCAAGAAGGAUGAUAGCCCUCCGCAGAGUGCUCAGGAGGCGACUGCACCCAGUCAAGCUGGUGAUAGUGGCCCUUGUCUUUGUCACAUUCCUGUUCUUCAUACAAUGGGAGGUUGGGAGCCAGAGCCAACAGGAGGACCCGUGGCUGAAGGAGAUGGCGGUGAAGCGGGACGCCAUGCUGGGCAUGGUGAUGGGAGCUGUCAAUAACUUCCGAGAUGUGAUUCCAAAGAUGCAGAUCAGGGCCCCCGUACGUCAGCCGGACCACGCAGGUGGCGUGUCCUGUCUGCCGGGUCACUACACCGCCGCUGAGCUCAGGCCGGCUCUGGAGAGGCCACCUCAGAACCCUGUCGCCCCCGGGGCUGCUGGGAAACUUUUCCACACAGACUCGCUGAGCCCCGAGGAGCAGAAGGAGAAGGAGAGGGGUGAAGAGAAACACUGCUUUAACCUUUACGCCAGUGACCGCAUCUCCUUGAGCAGAGACUUGGGCGCAGACACCAGACCACCAGAAUGUAUUGAGCAAACCUUCAAGCGGUGCCCCCCCUUGCCGACCACCAGCGUGAUAAUUGUGUUUCACAAUGAGGCUUGGAGCACCCUGCUAAGGACGGUGUACAGUGUCCUCCACACCUCCCCCGCCAUUCUCCUCAAGGAGAUCAUCCUGGUGGACGACGCCAGCGUGGAUGAUGCGUUGAAGGACGAGCUGGAUGAGUAUUUGAAGCGGCUGAGCAUUGUCCGAGUUGUCCGCCAGCGAGAAAGGAAAGGACUCAUCACCGCUCGGCUGCUGGGCGCCUCCGUGGCCACCGGUGACACGCUCACCUUUCUGGAUGCCCAUUGUGAAUGCUUUAAUGGCUGGCUUGAGCCCCUGCUGGCCAGGAUAGCAGAGAACUACACUGCAGUAGUGAGUCCUGAUAUAACCACAAUAGAUCUCAAUACUUUUGAGUUCAUGAAACCGUCCCCAUAUGGCCAGAACCACAACCGGGGCAACUUUGACUGGGGCCUCUCCUUCGGCUGGGAGAGUCUACCAGAUCAUGAGAAACAAAGGAGGAAGGAUGAAACGUAUCCUAUCAAGACUCCCACAUUUGCUGGCGGGCUCUUCUCCAUCUCAAAAGAAUAUUUCUACCAUAUCGGAAGCUAUGACGAAGAAAUGGAGAUCUGGGGCGGGGAGAAUAUUGAAAUGUCAUUUAGGGUGUGGCAGUGUGGCGGACAGCUGGAGAUCAUCCCUUGCUCCAUUGUCGGUCAUGUUUUCCGCACCAAGAGCCCCCACACCUUUCCCAAGGGCACACAAGUGAUCGCUCGUAACCAGGUACGGCUGGCGGAGGUCUGGAUGGACGACUACAAGGAGAUCUUUUACCGCCGUAACCAGCAAGCCGCGCAGAUAGCAAAAGAUAGGGCCUUCGGAGAGAUCUCUAAACGCGUGGACCUCCGUGCGCGGCUGCAGUGCAAGAGCUUCUCGUGGUAUUUGAAGAACGUUUAUCCAGAAGCCUUCAUGCCUGAUCUCAACCCACUCCGCUUUGGCUCAGUGAAAAAUGUCGGCAAAGACUCAUGUCUGGAUGCUGGGGAGAACAAUGAGGGUGGGAAGCAGCUGAUCAUGUACCCGUGUCACGGACUAGGAGGAAACCAGUAUUUUGAGCUCUCCACACAUCGCGAGAUUAGACACAGCAUUCAGAAGGAGCUGUGUUUGCACGGGGCAGAGGGGACUGUGAAGCUGGAAGACUGCCAGUAUAAAGGCAAAAGCACAUUUGUAGGAGCAGAGCAAAAAUGGGAACUGAAAGAUAACCAGUUAUUCUACAUGCCAGGAUGGAACAUGUGUCUGAGUGCCCGUCAUGAGCAUCCCUCUCUGGCCCUCUGCAACCCCUCGGACAGAUACCAGCUCUGGUCCUUUGUCUGAGUGUGCAAAAUAGCCACUCUGUAUGCAUAGACAUACUAGGACACGUGUAUACUAUACUGUAUGCAGUGUUUUUUUUAGAUUAAUGACAUUGAGUUUUAAUUUAUUUUUCUACAUAGAAGAAACUGAACUGCUGCUGCUGGGACUGUUUGGACUUUGGGAGAAACCACACACAGUUGUGCCACUGCUGGAAGGAAGCGUUGAAACAAUGCUCCCAAUCAGACUGUGAACUGAGAUUCUUGGACCAAUGAAGAUGCACUGUGGUGACAAGUGCCUCUUUUGUAUUUGAGAUGUAUUCACUACUCCAAGUCUUCGCAGGCAACACAUGCCGUAUUAGGUAUGUAAAGCCAACACUGAACAUUUCUCCAGUGAGACACAUGGAUCUAAAACAAAACGAUACAAAACAAAUACAGUAGAUGAUGUAGGGAUUCAAGUUGGACAAAAAAAAAAAUCCCAAAUGGUAUGCACCAAAGAGACUGGAAGUGAAAACCUGAAACACACAAAUAUGGUGUUCAUUGACCCCCUUUUAAAAUAACUUUUUUUUUUUAAUAAUGAAAACCUCUUAUUUGCUACCGUCCAGUGCCUUAGAUGUAAUUGUAUACUGGGUGGGUGGAGGGAUGGGUGGUGGUGUGUUAUUCUGCUGAUGCAGAAUAAUGGCUUCAACAGUGUUGUGAUCAAAAGGGUCUUCAAAUCAGGAUUGGAGUCAAUACACUUGUCAGUUUAUCAGGUCCACCUAGUUACAGUAUAGCCAAUGCAGUCUAAUACAACCCUGUGAUGAAUCCUCUCUUCACUAAGGUUAUAAUGUAGUGCUGUUAAAUCAUUUAGCAUCUUACUUAGAGGUGUUUCUAAUAUUAUGUCCAACGCAUUUAUAUCAGAGGUUACAGUAAAUAAUACACCUCUCAGUACAACGCAGAUACAAUACAACAGUAACAAAAAGUUGAAAAAUGCCUCUCUAAAAUGGUUUCUGAACAUUAUAACCUUCAUGAAGGUAGAAUUUACUGCAGGACUGUCACUGUCAUUGCAUUUGUUUUAGUGGAGAGACAUCAAGAAUGAAGAAUGAGAAUUUGGACCUGCAUUAUGAGAGAAUGAGCUGGCCCUUUAACACAAAUUACAUACAACUAGUUUACACCUCAAGUGCUCAUAACAAAAGUGAAAUUUCCAUUAUUAUUGAUGGUUGAAAUGCAUUGUUAUUUGACCUACAGUCAAUGCUUUAUUAAUAACAUGCAUGUCAAAUGUGACAGAUUUUUUAAGAUGAAUAAUUCUUUUUUUAAUAUUACCUGUAUUAUUUUCAAAUUUUAUUCUUUGGGCUUUAUCAAAAAGGGGAACUUUUAAUGUGAAAUGAAUGCACCGAAGGAAUUCUAUUUGUUGAUGAAAUGUCUGAAACUCUCCCUCUACAUCUAAACUGGAGUCCACUAAUGAAUCUCUGGUGCAGGCGCUAGUGUUUAGAUGGCUGUGGAAUAGUGUAAAUAACUUAAGACUGGGUGAGAAACCGAUCGAAUGUGUGCGUUUGCCUGAAUUGGAAACUGUCUAUUUGUGCCUUAGUAUUAAGAGGUCUUAUUUUUAGGUCAAUAAAUUCAGUUGGGUAGUA